CCAACUUGCUGGAUUAGCUUAAUCAAGUUCGUUGGCUCCCUGAGCUUCAGUUUCUCCAUCUGCAAAAUGGAGCUGUUAAGGGCACCUGCUGAGGUUGAGCCGGCCGGUGCCCAGCACGCAGCUCGGAGCCCGCUUUGCCUCCUUUGAAGUGUGCCUUGCCCUCUCUGUUCCGCUCGGGCUGCGCGCGGCUUUCUCCCGGCCUCAGCUGGGCCUUCCUCGCGGGAGGGCAGGGGUGUGGGCGGAGCCUCAACCUCAGCGGGUGCUUCCUGCCUCCUGAUUGGCUUUCUGUGAAUCAGAGGCGUGGCCUCGGCGUUUAAAGGGGAAGGCGUCUUCAGCCCCUUCAGUCUUUGCUGAGCCUUUGUCUGAGGUGCUCAGCCUCUUUCUUUCCUCCCCUGCAGCCGUUGCCGGCAUCCAGCUGCCAACUUUCUGCCUGGAUCGCUGUCGCCUCAUCUCUCCAGGCUCCUCACACAGAAGCCUUGGGGUAUGUAACAGCCAUGCCCGUGGACAUGCUGCCUCCUGGAGCCCGGGACACCCCUGCCCUACCUUUCCGCCUGCGGACCAAGGUCCCGGGCUACCUGCUGCGGCGCCCGGCCGACGGCGGAGCGCGGAAACCCAGCGCGGUGGAGCGGCUGGAGGCCGACAAGGCCAAGUAUGUCAAGAGCCUGCAGGUGGCCAGCACCCGCCAGGAGCCUGUGCAGCCCCUGCUGUCCAAGCAGCCGCUCUUCAGCCCCGGGACUCGCCGCACGGUGCUCACUUCCAGCCGCCGGGUCCUGCCUGGCCCCUGCCGCCGGCCCCAGCUGGACCUGGAUAUCCUUAGCAGCCUUAUCGACUUGUGCGAUAGCCCCGUGUCCCCUGCCGAGGCCGGCCGUGCCCCCGGACGGGCAGAGCCGGACACUGCCGCCUCCAGCCCGGCCCGGCCCCCGGGCGUGCAGCGCUCCAAGUCGGACCUGAGUGAGCGCUUCUCCCGGGCGGCGGCCGACCUGGAGCGAUUUUUUAACUUCUGCGGCCUGGACCCAGAGGAGGCACGGGGGCUGGGUGUGGCUCACCUGGCACGGGCCAGCUCAGACAUAGUGUCUCUGGCCGGGCCCAGCGCCGGGCCGGGCAGCUCCGAGGGGGGCUGCUCGCGCCGCAGCUCCGCCACCGUGGAGGAGCGGGCGCGGGAGCGCGUGCCCUACGGCGUGUCGGUGAUCGAGCGCAACGCCCGCGUCAUCAAGUGGCUGUACGGGCUGCGGCAAGCGCGGGAGGCUCCGGCAGCCGAGGGGUAGGCCUCUGCUGGGCCUGGCGUUCGGCACAGGACAGCGCUUGGAGAGGGAAUUGUCUCCGUGACCUCUCCUGCACCCUUUCCCUGGCUUGCGGCAGACCAGAGAGUGCCGCCUUUUGGGAACUUGGUAUGGGGGCAAAGGCUCAGAGGCCGGCCAGCACCCAUCUGGCAAGGACUGACCCCUGAGAGAGUGGCCUCUUGACCUUGGACCACUCCCUAUUCCUCACAUGGAGGGGCUUUGACAGAGUGUACCUCCGCUUGGUUCCUCUCCCGGUUUGGGGCACUUAGCCCUCCGCCCUGAGAGUGAGGGACCAAGGAUCUCUACCAGGCCUGCCUACCCAGUGGCUCUGUUCCUUCCUUCCUUGGCCUCUGUCCUUUGCUGACUUUCUCUUCCUUACUCAGUGGGCCCUGGUUCCCUGGGAACUCACCCUAGGGUGGGGCAGGGAAGAGUGGUCUAGCCACUGUUAUUCCAGGCCUUGGCAGCCUGGCCUAGGUGGGUAGACUACAGGAGGGACUGGUAGGAGUCUACAUUGCUCUGGCUUCCCUCCCUUUGGUUAAUAAACACAAAUGCUUGCUUUUCAAA